UUUUAGUGCGUCACGGCAAAGACGCACGCACACACAAAAGCACAUUGGCCCCUCCCUCCCACACAGGUGAGGUGUCAGAGUCCACCCAGUGAUGAUGUCAUCAGGCGAGGCCGCAGUUUCCUGACUGACUGACGACUAAAGACCAGCUACUACGUUUUGUGGAGGCAACAUGUCAGCCAUGACGCAAACAUCCAGGCCAAGCGAAGCUGCAGGUCAUGUGACCGUCUCCUCUUCCUGCCAGGUCACUUCAUUAGACUUCCAAGACUCUGCGGUCCGAGAAUGCGCCCUCGCCAUGGCAACAGCAGACGCUGACUCGGCAGAGGAGGGUGAGCUUGAGGAUGAGGAGAACCACGCAGAGGGGUCUUCAAGUGUGGCAGCAGAGCGUCCGGUCACUCUGGCGCUGUCGUCGUGUGGCGGAGGGGCAAAGAGGAUGAAGAGGAAGGUCCUGGUGGCGCCGGUCCUCAGCGUGUCUUUAGGUCGCAGCGAAUCAGGCGACUUCCAUUCGGCGUUCCUGUCGCCGUCUCCCGGAGAUGAAGACGACGGCGGUCCGGACUUUGACCUUGACGCCAUGGAAACGCCCUCGGACAGCGAGUCUCUUCGCUUCCCCGUCGACGACCUAGACCUGGAAGAUGACCUGCAGGAGCAUAGCACGGUGUUCAGCUGUGAGUCAGUAGUGGAGGCGGGGCUUAUGGGCCUGGGAGCGCUGGAGCGGGAGGAUGUUGUGGACAGCCAGGGCACCAGGUGGCGCUCUUUCUCUGCCGGACCCGCACCGCAUGAUGGACAGGUUAACAUGAGCGUGCUGGAACCGUUCCUCAGGGUUCUGUCACACGGAGGUUACUAUGGAGACGGGAUGAAUGACAUCAUCGUGUUUUCCUCUUGUUACCUGCCCAAGAACACGCUGGAAAAUUAUCACUAUGUGAUGGACAACCUCUUCAGGUACUUGGUGGGCACGUUGGAUCUGAUGGUGUGUGAAAACUACGUGAUUGUUUUUCUUUGCGCCGGUGGUAUUAAGGAGAAACUGCCCGGAAUCGGUUGGCUCAAGGAAUGUUAUCACACCAUCGCGUGGAGGUUGAGGAAGAAUCUGAAAGGCGUGUUCGUGGUGCAUCCCACUUGGGCCAUCAAAGCGCUCAUCACCAUCAUCAAACCCUUCAUCAGUUCAAAGUUCAGCAGGAAGCUGGAGUUCGUCGACAGCCUUCAAGAGCUUUCUGCUCGGCUGCCCACCGAGCACGUGCAGAUCCCCGACUGCGUCAGAACGUACGAUGACAGUCUGUCGAGCUGAGCUCAUCAUCUUGAUUCCCCUCGCACCUUUCUCUUGCAGCAAGAACCUUUCUCAUCACUCUAUCAAUAAAGCGUCUUUUUUUUUUUUA